CCAGGCCCAGGGGCUUCAGUAUUGGGGCUGACCUCCAACCGAAAACAGUUCGGGGAAGCCAAAAAAAAAAAUUCCAAAUUUGUCCGUGCAGUUAACCGUUAACCGUUUCCCGUUUUCUUUUUUUUCCCGUUUCGUUUCCUGUUAUUUGGAGUAUUAUUUUAAUUUCUAUCUCCUCCAAUCGCCCCGCUACUCGUGAUUUGUCGUCGCCAGAAGCCCCAAAGAGAAGACAUCCUUGUGAGGUUCGGUCCUUAAGGACACAGCAACCAUGAAGACCAUGAAGGGUGACGACAAGCCCUUCAAUCCCUUCUACAUCGGACCGCAUCCGAGCAAGGCGUGCGCCAUUCCGGAGAUCCCCGGCAGGCAGUGUUCGCCCCCCUGCCUGCCGACCGAGGGGGGGGCGGUAGGUGCCGCCAUUAGUCCUUCUCCUCCAGCCGUAGCCGCCGCUACCACCACUGCCACCAUCACCGCCGCCUCCGCCUCCGCCAUCGCCCCGGGGGGCCAGGGUACAAGUCCCGCCGGAAUGCUAAUUGUUGGAAUAACGGGACCAUCCGGCGGCAUGGCCAACAUCUACAGCUGUAAGGAGGCCCUGGCCGCAGCGGUGGGGGCCGGGAAUCGGACCGUAACGGGAAUGGCAACGGGAGGAGCAGCCGGACCAGCCGGACCAGUCGGAGCGGCCGGAGGUCCUGCCAAUACCAUAUGCAAGCCAUAUCCCUGCAUGGAGGGUGCUCGCUCCAACGGUCCUGGCUGCGAAUAACUGUACACUAAGGACACUAAGGAAAUUCCAGGACCCAAGACUCGAUCCAAAAUCCGAAAUCAUCACCAGGAGGAUGGCCCCAAUAAUAAUAAUAAAAAACAAAAAAACGUCGGAAGUUUUGUAAAUUUUUUACAAAAUUUUACAUCCAGAUUCAGAGUACAAUAUGAUUUGACACACACACCUACACACACUUGGAACAGUUCCAAUAAAAAAGAAGCCUUAAAAAAGGA